GACACCCCCACUGCUAGGCAAACUUAGUGCAUUCUAUUGUCGCAGUGGCUUCAGUAAACCGAGGCCACCGUUAUAGGCCACGUCUCCUGAGAGGCGGAGACUGACAAGACUCUAGCCUGGGGUCAAAAGUAUAUAGUCUGGCUAUCUACCCCUGUUGGUUAUUUACUCAAAAUCUCUUCAAACCUCCACUAGCAUAUACCACCACACAAUGGGCGACGCUGCCGGACUCCCCGACUACGUUCUGGACCCCAAUGCGGUCCUCAACGACACAGACGCCGCCUGGCGUCACGGUGGUCCCCCGGACUAUAGCAAGACCCGGGCCUACUACGAAGAGACCAAGAAAAUGACCCACGAAUCCGGCAGCCUCCCCUUCCUCGUCGAGAACCUCGUCAAGAACUGGGAAAUCGAAGCGUCCUUCAAGACCAACCUCGCGGACUGGCGCACCAUCGACCACGAGACAUACCACUUCACGUUGAAUGGCGGGCCCCCGCUGAGCGGCGAACACAUGUUGAAAGUCGGCACGUACAAUGCCCUCCUCACGCCGAGUGCGUACUACGAUCCUGCCAAUAAUGAUUUCGAGGCGAGCCACAAGUCGUUUAAGCGCAUGAUGCCGACGUUUGCCUGGGAGGUUCUGGAGGUAUAUAGUGGGCCGCCGGUUGUGGUGUUUAAGUGGAGGCACUGGGGCGUUAUGGCCAGGGAUUAUGUUGGGUUUAAUGACAAAGGAGAAAAGGUCAAAAUCGCCGCGCACGGCGGACCCAUCGAUAUUCAGGGUAUUGUGAUCGCCAAGGUCAAUGAUGCGCUCAAGCUGCAGCGUAUCGAUGUGUGGUUCGAUCCGCUGGAGAUGUUCCGCCAGAUUGCCAAGGAUCAUGAACAGACUAAGGUGGAGGGCGAGGAGAAGACUGCUUCGGCGUGUCCGUUUGCGGGAGCGAAGGAGUAGAUUGGAUAUAUAUGUAGAUCAAGGAUAUGUUAGGAUACGAAUUUCUUUACAAUUUCAUUGUCGUGAAUCGGCUUCAU